AUGACGAGUGAAAUGGACGAGAAGAAUUGCUUUGUAAAGUAUUCUUUAUCCGCUUCUUCUAUGGAUAGGUUAAAUCCUAUUAGAGAUCAGUCGAUGCAUCAAACUUCCGAAAUGAAAAACGCAUGGCGCAUCAUAAGUUGGGUGGAACCUGAACAAAUACCUGUGGAGGAAGAUGACAAAGAUAAUGUACAGGCAACAGUAAACCGGGCAAUAUCAAGCCAGGAUGGCAUUUCAGAAUCAAUACAAGCCACGCAAUAUGGUUUUACGCAAGUCGAAAGAUCAGGCUCGACGUUCGGAUCAAUUUGCUCAAUUGAAAAUCUUGCAGAUUAUUUAUACGAAUCACUAGAAUGUGCUAAUGGGAAACUUGAGGUUGAUCAUAUACACAAUAUCACAGAUUCUGAAUUAUCAAGUAUUGUUAAUGAUCUAAGUAAAAAAUUAAGUUACAAAGGAAUUUAUAAUUUAUGCCACUCGGUAUGUGGUAUGGACAUGAAACUCAGCGAACGAUUAAUCAGCCUUUUGUGCAAGAAUAUCUUAUUAACAGCAAUAAUUUCUAUCGAAGAGCCAUCGAGAUUACUGAAUGCAGCGAUUACAGAAUGUGUGGGAAAAUUUCCAGAAGAUGUGGAAAAUCUAGUUUUUAUACCUUCGCUGAAUUCUGACCUAAAAGAAAUAACAACGAUACUCAGUAUUACAAGUAGUUUGGACAAUCAACAAAAACGUGCUUACAUUUCUGACUUAUCGACUAAAGUAAAGGAUCUUAAGCAAUGGCACAUUUUGGUCCUACAAGAUUUGGUGGUAGCGAACAUAGAUGACAAUAUUAAAGAAAAAGUGCUGGGUUUAUUGUGGAAAAAAUCCUACGACUUUUCCAGAGAUAAAAAUUACGGAAAAUUGAUACUGAGUAUUUUGAAGACAAACCCACCGACUACAGUACAACAACAACAUUUCUAUGAAGAAAUAGUUGCUGACCAUAACACGUUGUUCAAAAAACUGAUGGCCAAAAUGUUAGAAAGUAAUUCAGUUGUUUGA